UUUUUUUUUUUUAUUUGAUUCCUUUUAUUUCUUCCACCACCACCCCCAACCCAUUCGCCUCCUCCCUUUUCCCUUUCCGACCCACUCUCCUUUUGUUCCAACAAGGAAGUCAUUUGUGUGUUUUGAUUUAAUAAAUAUUUUAUUUAACCCCUAAUCAUUUUAUGUCGUUUGUAUUUGUCUUUUACGUUUGAACUUUAAAAAAAAAAAAAAAAAAAAAAAAAAAAAAAAAACGAACAUCAUUGGCUACUUAUUUGGACGUCCUUAACUUUCAUUUAUAAAAACGACAGCGUCUCCGCACUAACAUGGCAGUCAGACUGUGCGAUGUGGCUUCUCUUCUUAGAAGUGGCUCGUGGGCAUCCGAGCCUUGGACCGGGCAGGUAAUUGCCGCCAUGGAAACGCAGCUGUCCAACGGGCCCACGUGCAACAACACUAGCAACGGGCCGUCCAGCAUCUCCAACAACUGUUCCUCGCCCGUGGAGUCGGGAAGCCUGGAGGACAGCAAGACCAACCUGAUCGUCAACUACCUGCCGCAGAACAUGACCCAGGAGGAGCUCAAGAGUUUGUUCGGCAGCAUCGGAGAGAUCGAGUCCUGCAAGCUCGUACGAGACAAAAUAACAGGGCAGAGCCUCGGCUACGGAUUUGUGAACUACGUGGACGCCAAGGAUGCGGAAAAAGCCAUCAACACAUUGAAUGGCUUGAGACUUCAGACCAAGACCAUCAAGGUGUCCUACGCGCGUCCGAGCUCCGCCUCCAUACGAGAUGCAAAUCUGUACGUCAGCGGCUUGCCGAAGACCAUGACUCAGAUGGAACUGGAGCAGCUCUUCUCCCAGUACGGCCGCAUCAUUACCUCACGCAUUCUGGUGGACCAGGUGACCGGUCUUUCCAGAGGCGUGGGCUUCAUCCGCUUUGACCGGCGGGUGGAGGCCGAGGAGGCCAUCAAGGGUCUCCACUGCCAGAAGCCGCCCGGCGCCGCCGAGCCCAUCACGGUCAAGUUUGCCAACAACCCGAGCCAGAAGACCAACCAGGCGCUGCUGUCCCAGCUGUACCAGUCGCCCAAUCGAAGGUACCCGGGACCGCUCGCACAGCAGGCACAACGCUUCAGGCUGGACAACCUGCUGAACAUGGCUUACGGUGUGAAAAGCAGGUUCUCACCCAUGGCCAUCGACGGGGUGACCAGCCUAGCCGGCAUCAACAUCCCGGGCCACAGUAGCGGCUGGUGCAUCUUCGUGUACAACCUGUCCCCCGACGCCGACGAGAGCAUCCUGUGGCAGAUGUUCGGGCCGUUCGGCGCCGUCACCAACGUGAAGGUCAUUCGCGACUUCAGCACAAACAAGUGCAAAGGCUUCGGCUUUGUCACCAUGACCAACUACGACGAGGCGGCCGUGGCCAUCGGCAGCCUCAACGGGUACCGCCUGGGCGACCGCGUGCUGCAGGUGUCGUUCAAGACCAACAAAACCCACAAAGCUUAAAUGCGCGCUCCACUGGCGUUCGUCCUUUUUGUUGCUUUAGCUCAACGCGUUUUGUGCUCGUGCCGUUCCGUGUUGUUGUGAUUCUGGUUCCGUUUCAUUUGCUGUUUUCUUUUCCCCGACUGUUUUAUUGCGCACGUUGUCAUAUUUUCAGUCGGUUCUUGGUUUUGUCUGCGCUUACUGUAUAAUGGAUGAAAAGAAAAAAAGACAUUCUUAAAGCAAGUACCUUGCCAAAGAGCUCCAAACCUCUUUGAUGUGGGUUUAAAAGCGUCUAUUUUUAUAAAAAAAGAAAUUUGGAAAAACUUUUUACUGGAUCUGGAAGAUAAAUGAUGAUUAAAAAAAAAACAAAAACAAAAAAAACAGUAUUUUGACUGUGAAAUAUCUUGAUCUGAUACCUUGUGAUGCUUUUCAACUUUACAAGAAAGUUUGCAGCGGCAUAAACAGUCGUCUUCGGCCAUCUUUCUAGCAGCCUUUUUCCCCACAUCGAUUCGCGAAGGCGUCUGACACAAAAGUAGCGAGAAUGCAGAGCGCUCUCAGAACAGGUCUUCCCGGCCGGCGUAGCGGCGGACCCGCAAGGUCCGUCCCUCCCCUCCCGAUCGAAAAGGCUUUUUUUUCUUUUUUUUUUUUUUUUUUUUUUUAUUUUUUUUUUUAAAUAUAACAGAAUUUAAAAAAGCGUCAGCAUAAGUGUGUAAAUAAAUAACUUUUUUUUUGUUGACUAUUUGGCCAAAUUGUGCUUUAAGUUUAACUUUGAAGUUGAAAUCCCUCCUUAGUUUGCCAGAUGAGGCGUUUUCGGCGCAUUCGGUUUGUUUUGUCGAUAGUCUCGUCUAGAAGAGGAAAAAAGGCAAAAAAAUCUUGUAGACAUUGCUUUUGUUUUACAUAAAUACAUUGUAGAUAUACAAGUGGUAAGAAAGGCUGACAAACCACACGUUUGAGCUCUUUAUCUUUACGUCGGUUCAUAUUCACAUAUCUAUGGAUAUAUACAUUACGUGACGCAUAUAUGAACAUAAAUGGUCAAACGGUGUAUGAAUGGCUUUAUCCACUGUAGCGGUGAGAACGAUAUAGUUGUCAAUAAUUGGAUGUUAGGGUUGACUGACUAAUACAGAGCAGCAGUGUGCUUAUACGCAUUAUUGCAUUAUGAAUAUCUUUGCAACUCUUGUUUAGCUGUUUCUCCCUUUUGUUUUGUUUUUUUGCGCGUCACCUUUGUUUUGACUGUGAGGAUGAUUCAUGGAAGUUGUAAACUUGUUUUAGGUAGAGUUGUUUUGCUAUGGUUGGAACCCAAUAACUUUGUGUUCAGUAUCUAGAAGGAUGUACAUUUCUUUUGUUUUUUUUAUUAUUUUUUUAUAUAAAUACAUUGGAAUUGAUUUUCCCCUUGUUGAGUACAUCAAUAAAUAAGUUUGAAGGGCAAA